CGACCCGUCCACUUUGGUAUAAUAAAGAAAGAUGGCGGGAAAGAUGAGUACCUGUUAUCGCUUAGUCGUGAUUCUCGUUGUGUUCUUGGGACCUAGACAUACAGUAUAUUGUCAAAAUCCGACCGUUACAACAACGUACGGUGAUGUGAGAGGCACUACAGUAACAUUCACUGGUCCGACUGCCGCUUCCUCCGCCAUCUUUACCUUCAAGGGUGUGCCCUACGCUGCGCCUCCUGUAGGAAGUCUCAGAUUUCGGCCACCACAGCCCCCUUCCUCGUGGAAUGAUGUCUUAGAUGCUAAAAGCGUCGGCCCGAAGUGUCCACAAGUUAUAAGAAAACCUUCUGAUACCGUACCGAACGCAACGAUAGUGGACCAGCUCUAUGGCGAUGGGAAUGCCACAAUGGACGAGGACUGUCUGUAUCUCAACAUCUACACACCCGCUCUGUCUGGAAACAACUUGCCGGUGAUGUUCUGGAUACAUGGAGGUGGCUUUAUGGCAGGCAGUUCCAAUGCAUACCGCGGGAUGGCGUUGUCAGCCCACCAAGAUGUCGUAGUGGUAACCAUUAACUAUCGUAUCGGAGUGCUGGGAUUUCUGCCGACACCGCUUGCAAAUGCAACAGGAAACUUCGGAUUAUUGGACCAGGUACUGGCUUUAGAAUGGGUCCGUGACAACAUCGCUAACUUCGGCGGAGAUCCGGACAAGGUGACCAUAUUUGGGCAGUCUGCGGGGGGCAUCAGUGUCUCCCUUCUCGUGAUGUCCCCUCCGGCGGAAGGACUGUUCCGUAGAGCCAUCUCGGAGAGCGGCGCAGCCACCACCCUCCCCAUUAUCUCAAACGAUGACGCCAUGUUCAGCAUUACGUCAUCUGUUGGCCAUUCCCUGAACUGCACUGGUGACGUCGACGCUAAUAUGAUAGACUGUAUACGAAGCAAGUCCGUGGAGAGCAUCUUGGCAGUACCUGUGGUUGUGUACCCAGUGGUAGAUCAUUACUUCUUACCAGAAGAUCCCAUGACUCUACUACAGGCCGGACGGUUUAGCAAGGUGGACUAUCUUUUGGGAACAAAUAAUGAUGAGGCACGUUAUGGCAUUACUAUAUCGCUGUUCCCGGAUUUAGACAACGGUAUGACUCACGAACAACAGUUCCUGGGGACUUCUUAUAUGGUCGACCUUGCUGUGCCGGACAUCAUUGCACAGAACGCCGACAAGCCUGGUUUAAUCAACGCAAUCCUAGAAGAGUACAGUGACCCGGAGAUGCCUGACGACCCAAUAGCAAUCCGCCAACAGUAUUUUGACAGUGGGACUGAUUACCUGUUUUUAGCGCCCACAGUUUCCGUGGCCAACGCUCAAUCAGCGCAACCUGUGAAUGUGUACCAAUACGAGUUCCAGCACCGACCGUCCAUACUCUGGUUCAAGCCGCCGUACGCUCGAGCUGACCACCAUGACGAGGUGAUGUUCGUGUUCGGGUUUCCGGUCGAUCCUGUCGGACCCGCGGCGGGGCUGUUCACCGAGGAGGAACGGAACCUGAGUCUGGACAUGAUGGCGUACUGGGCUAACUUCGCAAGAACUGGUGAUCCGUCCGACUCAGCCGGAGCGCCCACCGAGCGCCCCCUGGUGACCUGGCCGCGCUACACACCCGACACGCCCGCCUACCUCCAGCUGCGCCCCGAGCCCGCCGUGGGGACGGCGCUGUUGAAGCCGGAGAAGCUGAAGUUCUGGAACGAAGUGGUGCCGAGGUACCUGGCGGGGGAUACCGCGAGCCCUGCCGCCCGGGUCUGGGGAAGCUACGUGUACCUUGUACUGGGCGUUGCCAUAUGCUUCGGCGUCUUUGAGAUUCCAUUUUAGGUUUCCCAGUUGAUCACCUUUGCAUGUGUGCACAUUCUGGGGCCAUACAGUAAGCAUUUCUAACAUUCUUUUUGAUUUUGCAUUCAAGACAAACAUUUCUAAUGUUAAGUUUUCAUAGAUACACAGAUACAUAUUCACUCAAACAUUUUAUUCAGAUAAUGUACAAUGAUGCUGUUUAGUGAAAAUUCAACGAUUACAUCAUCAAUAUUUUACUUUCAAGGCAACUAGAGAAUCACGGUGAUUCAUGCUACACAUGUAAAGGCUUUCCUUGAUUAGAUAUAAUCUUAUGUAUACAUAAUAAUACAAUGUCAAAGAGUUAUUGAGUAGGCUGGCAGUUUAGAGUCAACGCACAUGAUGAAUAAAUGUUAAGAGACAUAUCUUGAGCCUUUCUAGAUUUAAUAUUGUUUUAUCUUUUCUCACUGGUGAUGCAAAUAAGUCUGUAGUAUUAGCAUAAUAAUUUAUUUCAAAUGAUAGCCUUCCAAAUAACGCAAGUUGGACUUCUACAAGUCACUUGGCACUGUACCAUAUUUUACAUUUUGUUUAUGCCCUGGUUUAGACUCAAUGAUACAGUUCAUCAUAGAUAAUUCAAAUGACUUGCAUAUUUACAUAAUCUAUGCAUAGUGGUGUAGUGUUUAACUUAACUUACACAUUUACCAAGUAUAUAAUUCCCACCAUUCACCAUAAAGGAAUUAUGGCUAUUUUCAUUAAUUCUACAUUAUUAGUAUCUCUUUGGGCGUAAUUGAUAUCUGCAUAUGUUAUAUAUUCGGAAACACAAUAAGCA